GGAAGACUGAGUCGGAUUCGGCAGUCGUGAAAAAUGUGGAUAAAACGGAGUGUUGCGCGCAGUCCGUCUGCUCCGAGGCCAGGCAGCUGUGUGGGGCACCGGGUGUGGAUCCUGCUGGCCAUGACCCACCUCACCCUGGACUUCUCUGUGUGCAGCCCCCUCGGUCAGGGUCUGGGGAUCAAACUCACGCCCAAAUCGGUGCCUCGCUCCCGGCCUCGCUUGCAGCACCUCUGGGACACGCCCAACAAGCUCCACUGGAGGACGGCGAGCCCGUUGGCGGCUCGUCGGCUCCUCAACCCCGUCCCUCCGCCCCAAGACAACAGGGCAGGGGUAGGGCUGAAGGUCAAGGGUCAAAAACAGCGGAAGCCGGCGCAUAAAGGACAAGCGGCGUGUAAGGAGUGCCGGUUGCGAUACUCCCAAAUGGAGACAGGCGAUCCUUUGGCUGUAAUAGCAGAAGCUCCAGCGGCAUCGUCCAGCGGGAGCAGAGGAGACACGGUGAGGUUGUUACUCAGAGCCAGGAGGCAGCUCAAGUGGGACAGCUACGACAAGUCUCAGGAGGGCCGGACUACCACGGUGGCCGGAUUUAUCGACUGGGGGCCCACGGGGACGGACAGCGUGGACGGCGAUGACAAACCGGAGCCGAAUGUAACGCUGUUCACCAGGGUCUCGACCACCACGGUGGCCACGACCACUAGCACUACAGCCAGGCCCUCCCAAAGGACGUUCACUGUAGUGACCACACCAGAGCCCAAGAGGCCAAGCACCACCAAGGCCCCCAUCAGCUCGGAGACUGUCAAACCACAAAAGCCAUAUGUGGACACACCAGGUUUGGCAGUUCACCAGAUAAUUACAAUCACUGUGUCUCUCAUUAUGGUUAUCGCAGCCUUGAUCACAACACUCGUCCUUAAAAACUGCUGUGCACAGUCGGGAAAUGGUCGCCACAAUAGCCAUCAGCGCAAGAUCCACCAGCAGGAAGAGAGCUGCCAGAACCUGACGGACUUCACCCCGGCCCGGGUGCCCAGCAAGGUGGACAUAUUCACUGCCUACAACGACAGCCUGCAGUGCUCGCACGAGUGCGUUCGGACGGCUGUGCCCAUCUACACCGAUGAGAUGAUUCAGCAGACGCCCGUCUACAAGACGGCUUACAACGGGAACAGGCCCUCCCCCACCGAAAGACAACUCAUUCCUGUGGCCUUCGUGUCAGAGAAAUGGUUCGAGAUCUCCUGUUGA